AUGUCAUUAGCAAGCCGUCGACAGGUUGCUAGGCCUGCCUCAAGCAUUCUGCCCAGCCGUGUUAUACACCUUGGGCAUUUUCAGCAGUCUCCUCGAAUAAAGUCUGCCUGCGACUUCUCGACCCUACGCAAUAAUCUCCGAACCCCUCCGCCCGUUCAGCGCUACCAUGUCUCCCAUGCGGCCUCAAUCUUCCAGAGCAGGCCAUCACUGUCCCGCCAUAUCAGACUACUCAGCGACCAUUCCAAAGGGCCAAGUUCUGUGCGCAAGACUGCAGGCGAGAGCUCGGCAAAUGCCAAGGCUCAAGAGAAUGGAGGACGAAAACCCGAGCAGGCCGCGGGUGCCAAAGACACGGGAACCACACAUCAACCAGCAACCGACGGUUCCCAGCCUGACGCCGAGUCAUUGGCAUCCUCAGUGUCCAAAUAUCUCCAUCUUCCUCGGAUGCCGCAUCGGCCCACCAAGGAGGAGCUGCUUGCAGCAGCAACAAACUUUCGCCAGAGAAUGAAGGUUCGACUAAAGUGGAUGUCAAUUCGAUCUAUGCGCCCCUGGAACAUUGACGAAUGGGGAGCAUUCGUCUCCUGGGUUAUGUUGGGCCAUAUUGUCUGGAUUCUGCUCGGAACGACGACCUUUUUUUCGAUUAUUAUUUUGUCUAUCAAUACUGUGUUUGCGCAAGAAACCUUGGCCAAGAAAGUGGGAGACUAUCUCACCAAGUCUGCUGGGAUUACUGUGAUAUUCGAGUCUGCGAUCGUCCCCAAGUGGAAGGGGGGCGUGAUUUCUUUUCGCAACGUGUUUGUCUCCCGUCGCCCUGGUCAAAUCACCUCUUCAGUGAGCAAAGGAUCCAGUGAUGCAGCCGCCGUAGCCGCCGCCGACCGCCAAGCACAACAUGAUAAUGUCAAUGUUGAGCAGGACGAUGGCAACUACACGCAGUUUGAUGUGACAAUCGCUACUGUGAAUGUGACGCUGUCGUUUCUGAACUGGUGGAAUGGACGAGGGCUUCUCAAGGACGUUGAAGUUAAGGGUGUGAGAGGUGUCAUUGACCGCACGUCGGUGACCUGGCCAGUUGAGCAGAUCGACCCCUUGUCAUAUCGACACGAGCACCAGCCUGGUGACUUUGAGAUCGAAACCUUUAAAAUGGAGGAUCUAUUAUUGACGGUCCACCACCCUGGCGGUUUCCGACCCUUCACUGUGAGUAUCUACUCGUGUGAGCUGCCUCAGCUCCGGAAACAGUGGUUGUUCUACGAUUUCCUCUCAGCAAACCACAUGUCCGGUUCUUACGAUGGUUCUCUCUUCACGAUCCAUCCAAAGCAAGUGCCUGGUGUUGUCUCAAACCGAGACCACCAGUCAUCGUGGGGCUUCGGUGAGGCGAAUGCGUGGAAGAAGUUCAGCCGACUACGCAUCGAUGCCCUAAAAAUCGACCACCUGAACCGUGGUGUCGAGGGUACAUUUGGCUGGAUCUAUGAAGGCAACGUGGACAUCAUCGCCGACAUUGCUUUCCCAGCCGAUACUGACCAAGGUAUCACCAAGGUCAUGUCCGACUUUUAUGACCAGCUGGAAGAGAUUGUCAUUUCGAACCGUCAUCGUUUCAUACGCAACAAUGACGACACUGACACUGAUCUCCUUAGAUCGGGACAUCUUUCAGAGGCUUUUGAGGCUGCCCCAGCCACCGAAACCCCCCAAGAAUCGCCCAAGUUAGAAGAUGACCGUCGAUAUUUGUUGAUGGAUCUGCGAAUCAAUCUCAACGACGUCAAAGCCUCCGUGCCUCUGUUUACCAACCAUCUCACCUACGUAAACCAAGCACUCGUCCGACCCAUCGUGGCCUAUAUCAAUGCCAAGAAAACCUACAUCCCCAUCACCUGUCGCAUAGUUAAACGUGCUACCGAUUUCGAAGGCAGCUGGUCAGCAUACGACUGCGGCCUUCAAAACGACAUGUCCGCUGAGACAUACGAAGCCUUCGCAAAGGAUAUUGAAAACCAGCAGAGCCGCGUACGACGGUUCAAAAAAGUUGGUUUCUGGACCCUCUCCCUCGCGAUCCACGCUCUCUUCAUGGGCAUGGCUGGAAAUGUGGUGUGA